AUGAUGUUCACUCGAGCCCUUGGGGCAAUUGCCUUAGCAGGAUCUUGUUUGAUAUCACCUAGUUCUGGGAUUACUUAUGACCCAUUAAAACCUCCAUCAUAUCCCCUGGCAGUGCGAAGUCCAUACUUAUCAGCGUGGAUUCCUGGCAACGAUGUUGCAUCUCUGCCUAAUAGCAAUGCCCAAUUCUGGGCUGGAAAUGCCCUGGUUUGGACAGUGAUUGCUCGUGUAGAUGGCACAACAUACAACUUGUUUGGUGUCGCUAGUCCCAACGACGACACCGAAACAGGAACUGUCACCGCGGCCACGUACACGUCAACGCAUUCCACGUUCACAGUGACGGCCGGAGCUCGGAGCUUCACAUUGGACUUUUUCUCUCCAGUUUCACCUAAAAACUAUCUGCGUCAGUCUUUGCCCUUCUCAUACUUGACGGUGACAGUCGCUGCAGGCGACUCGACCUCUGUCCAGAUCUACUCCGAUAUUAGUGGAAGUUGGACGGGCCAGUCCACCGAUUCCACUUGGAGUCAUUCCACUAGUGGAUCAACAAGCAUCUUUCAGAUCGAAGCGGUCGGCCAGGCGAUCUAUUCGCAAAACAGCUAUGGUCAGGCUCUGUGGGGCAGUGCCGUCUACGCCACCCGCCCGUCCAGUACUAGCACUCUCUCCACUCAGGCGGGCCCGCGCGUCGCUGUACGGGCGCAAUUCGUGGAUGAUGGAACUCUCACGGGUGACUACGCGGACUGGACCCCUGGUGCAGUAACAGGAUUUGCUCAUGAUCUGGGCACUACUGCGGAUGAAUCUGCUGUCACUUUUGCUAUUGGUCACGUGCGACAGGAUUCCAUCAACUUUCUCGGCACCACGCAGACUGGUUAUUACCGUGCAACCUACGCGGAUAACAUCGAUGCUGUUACCUACUUCCUCGACGACUAUGACGAUGCGAACUCCGAGUCUACUGAGCUGGAUGACUUGAUCUCGGAUGCAGGCUCAGAUACUUUUGGAGAUAAAUACUCUGAUAUUCUGGCCCUCUCUGUGCGUCAAGUUUACGGCGGUACUGAAGUGACUAUUCCGAACGACUCUUUGGAUACCAGUGAUGUCCGUGCUUUCAUCAAGGAAAUCUCCAGCGAUGGUAACAUUAACACGGUCGAUGUUAUCUAUGCCACCUUCCCAAUCUUCUAUAUCCUGAGCCCUGAAUUUAUUAAAUUGCUCAUCACCCCAGUGUUUGAGUACAUGGCCACGGAUGCGUACUCGGAGAAUUACGCGGUACACGACAUCGGAUCGAACUAUCCCAAUGCGACCGGUCAUGAAUCUUCUGGCGAGAGUAUGCCUAUUGAGGAGAGUGGCAAUGUCCUCUUCCUCACUUAUGCGUACCAGGUUGCCAGUGGAGACACCGACCUAUACGAUACCUACUCCUCCCAGCUCGAGACCUACGCGACCUACCUAUACAAUAACGGACUAUACCCUGUCGCGCAACUCUCUCUGAACGACGCUCUCGGUGCCCUGGCCAACCAGACGAACUUGGCAGUCAAGGCUGCUGUCGGAUUAGCAGUCUAUGGAAAGUUGGCCGAUGACACCUCAUACCUUACUACUGGCCGAGACUGGGGUGACAAGAUUUGGACAAACCACCUGGGCACAGAUGCAGACGGAACUCGCUUCUUGAUCCAGUAUGGUAUCACCCCCUGGUUCCUUGUCUACAACCACUACCCGGACGUGUUGUUCGGUCUGGACGUUUUCCCAGAAGAUGCUUAUAAUGCUACCUCGGACUUCUACCCGACCGUCCGAGAAGAUGCCGGUGUUCCCUUGGAUGGCUCCCUAGCCUGGGGCCAGACUAACUGGCAAGGAUUCGCGGCCGCAACUGUUAGCGGUGACGCCCGCGAUAUUUUCAUUGAUGAUAUUUGGACGUAUAUCUCCAAUGGCCUGAAUACUGCUCCUUUCUCAGAUAAGUAUUUUGUUACGGCUAGUGGUGAUUACGCCGCUGGUGAGUCGGAUUCGUUCCGUGCGCGUCCAACCCUCGGCAGUCACUUCGCGUUGGCGGCUUUGUCUAAUGUUAAUACCUGGUCCUCGUCCUCGUAA